AAAUCAUAAUCACUAAUUAGAUCUUAAUUCAUGGUGUUAAUCCACGUUGUUCACAUUUUGUGAUUAUUCCAUUUGCAAUAUUAAUAUUAUAUUAUAGCAUGAUUUAAGAUAAUAUUAUAUCAUAUUCCACAGAAUAUAUGCUAUUGCCUAUUUUGAUUAUCUGUGUACUACCCAACUACCCGCGGUCUGGUGGUUUAAAAUGUUAGGUCUGACAAAUAAUAUUUGUAAAUAAACAAUUUUUAUCUGCAUUAUCCUCCAUUUUUUUUUAGUGUGUUGUGUGUGAAAGUUUAUAUAUUAUUAUUAUGUCAACAUCGGUGGAAAUAGAUGAUAGUUCAUCAUCAUAUGACAAACUUAAAGACUUAUGUAAAGAAAAUGUUAUUUAUUUUACUAAUAAUGAAAGAAAUGGUUCGACUGCCAUAGCCAAUUCUUUUGAACAGUUAUUUGAAAAUAUUGGUAAUAUAAAACCAUUGGUUUUUGAAUUGCGUAAUGUCUAUCAUUUGUAUGAUUUUGAUCCAUCUGUACCCGGUAAUGGAUAUCGAAGUUAUGUCACUGUUGUUGAUUUAUUUAUUGCUCAUUGCAUUAAAAUUUGCAAUCAAAUGACUGCCAAUCGUGAUUCAUUUUUCUUUCGUAAAGCAUUUUAUACAAAAGAGAUUGAAUCAUGUAACCAAGUGAUGAGUGCAUUAGUAUUGUGCUUAGAAAACUUAUGUCUUUUAAUUGGUUGGAGUGAACCAGGCAUGUUAUUUGCUGGAAAUGAUACUGCAGCAUUAGAACUCAUGAUGAAAAUUGAACCAUCUAAACUAUGCCCUUUUUAUGGGCGGUGUUUGGCUUUUCAAUUUAAUGAGUCACUACAACCUGCUUUGAAAACUAUUGCAAUAAUGAUGGCUGCUUUUAGUGAAGUAUACUAUAAUGAAAAUGGCAUGUUGGCUAGGGCUAAUACUGCAUGGAAUUGUAGCAAAUAUAUGUUAAAUCCGGAAUUGAGAGCUCGUAGAAUUGUUAAUGUCAUUCAGUAUUCUUCAAUAGAAUUUUACAAAGCAUUUUUGUUCCUUGGUGAAACUGAACUAUUAAAAAGCUUACCAAACCUAGUUUCUCCUGCGGUAGCAAUAAAUCGACUAAUAGCAAUUCCUAGCAAAUCUUUUUUAUACUUGAAACCAGAUGGACAAUUAUUUGAAAUCCAGCCUCCUUUGUGUCAUAUUGGACCAGCUUCCUUAAAUGUUCGACUAAUUGCAAAAACUAAGCGUGAAGGCAUGUUGGCAGAGAAUCCCGGUAGCGGGAUACUACCAGAACCAUGUGAAAAUCUUAUCAUACAUUGUCAUGGAGGUGGUUUUGUGUCUCAAAGUUCAAGUUCUCACGAAUCGUAUUUAAGAGAUUGGGCAGUACGUUUAGACAUUCCAAUAUUGUCUAUUGAUUAUUCUCUAGCACCGAGGGCACCAUACCCUAGAGCUAUGGAAGAACUAUUAUUCGCUUAUAUUUGGGCAUUAAGUAAUGCAGCUUAUUUAGGUUCUACUGCUAAACGUGUCAUAAUGGCAGGUGAUUCUGCUGGAGGAAAUUUAAGUGCUUGUGUAGCAUUAAAAUGCAUAGAAAUGGGUUUCAGAAUACCUGACAGCCUUUUUUUGGCAUAUUUCCCUUGUGCCAUAGCUUGGUCUCCAACACCUGCAAGAUUUUUGAGUUUAAUUGAUCCACUAAUACCUCUAGGUUUUAUGACUAAUUGUUUGAAGGCCUAUGCUUGUUCUCCCGAUAUCUACCAAGAUAGUUUAUAUGAGUAUAAAUUGAAAAAUAUUGCAAAACCAAAAGAUGGUACUUCUGAAGGCUUUGUAGAAAAUAUUGAAUCUAGUGAAGAAGCUCUUGAGUUAAUACAAAAUACGAAUGACGAUAGUCAAUCAGUAAUAACUCCAGUUGAAGAGGUUAUUAUGGCUGCACAUGAACGAAGACAAUCCAGACGAUUUUCAACAAUGUUGACAGAAACGGCAGAAAAUAUAAGUUCUGCUAUUACUACCACAUUCAUUACAUUGACUGGAGGGACAGCUGAGGAAGAUAUUAGUGAUAAUGAAGAUGCAUUAAAUGAAGUAAUAGAAGAAGCCCCAUUACCUAUAGAUUUACCAAAGUUACCAGAAGAUCCAUUUUUAUCACCCUAUUUUGCAAAUGAUGAUAUUUUUAAACAGCUGCCACCAGUUCAUAUUGUGACAGUACAUAUGGAUCCGUGCUUAGAUGAUUGUGUUAUGUUUGCUAAACGUUUAAAAGAACUCGGAAAAAAAGUGAAUAUGGAUAUUCUAAAAGGAUUACCGCAUGGUUUUUUAAAUUUGGCUAUUACCUGUAAAGAAGCGCAUGAAGGAUCAGUAUUGUGUGCUCAACGUAUUGCAGAUUUAUUUAAAGAAAUUGAAAUAUGUGAAUGUUAAUACUAUUUUUAAAUUUCAUUACAAACUAUUUUUGUAAAUUACGCAUGUGUUCCAAAUUCUUGUCUUAAGAUUACUGUCAAAGUGUGAAAUUUUUAAAAUUAUGAAGUAAAAAUACCAAAUUGUAAUAUUUUGUAUAUUAACUAUUAAGUUAUUAACAAGUAUAUAGAACUAUAAUACUAUUAUUUAAAAGAAGAGGACGCCACAUCCGCCUGCAUAUGUUAUCUUCAUAUUCUUAAUGUAAGACAGCAAAAUUGUAUUCCGCAGCUCCAAUUUUGUGCAGUAACCUUUAAUAAUAAAGUGAACUGACCUAUUAUUAAACUUAAAGGUAAAGAAAAUUUAUUUUCUAGUGAAAUAGAUUUUUUACAACAUUAAAAUUAUUAAUUAGGUUAUGAGAAUUUUUAAAUUGUAAAUAUUAUAUUUUAAUAUAUUUAAUCUUAAAAAAUCACGCGAAAACACAUAAUAAUUUUACCUUUUAUUUCGGUCAAUUCACCCUUUUAUUAUAGGUUACUACAUACAAUUUACACUAUUCAAUACAAAUAAGUCUAUGUCUAAUAUAUGUAAGACAAAAACAACAUACAAUAAUGUGGUGUUCACUUAAGAUACCACGGGAAACUGUAGUUUUGAGACUAUCUCAAAAAGACUUAAACAAUAAUGCAAUUUUUUGUGUUUAUUUUAUACUGUAUGUAUAUUUACAGUAAGUGUUCUAUUAUUAUAAUGUAUUAAUACAAUAAACAAUUAAGAAAGCUA